AUGAAUCCCGACGUAACCGAUUCGCGAACGCUCCAGGGGGCCACAACUGCCGACGGCCUGCCGGCUGUCCGUACGCAGGUGCAAUCCGUCCCAGAGCAUUGCAAGUACAAAAUGACCCACGAACAUCCUGGCGUCGCCCUCAUCUUCAACCAGGCGAGAUUUAGAAAUGCACCAGAGCGCCAAGGCAGUGACAAAGAUGAGGACGAUCUUACGAAAGCUUUACUUGUCCUCCGAUUCAAAGUUCGCGUGUAUAUUGACCUAACGGAGCAGAUGGUGUUUGAAACGCUGAAAGAUGUUUCGAAAGAAGACCACAGCCAGCACGAUUGCCUGGUGGUGGUUAUGAUGACCCACGGCGAAACCGGAACGCUGCUGGCGGCGGAUACACAUGACACCAACAGACCCCCGUACAAAGUGGAGCGCUUGUGGGAACACUUCGCCGACGAUGCUUGUCCGGGUCUGGUGGGGAAGCCGAAACUGGUGUUCAUUCAAGCUUGCCACAGGAAGCAUGUAAACACCGGCGUGAAGACUCGAUCGAAGUGCGUUGCGAAAGCGAUCGACGCGAGGGGGUCGCCGGAAGAUAGGGGCGAAGUUUACUCCAUUCCGACCAUGCCCGACUUGCUGGUGGUGUACUCUACCUACGACGGCCACUACUCGUGGCGCAAACGCACCAGCGGAUCCUGGUUCAUUCAGUCACUCGUCCGCAGCCUGACCAAGUAUGGAUCCACGUUGGAUGUGCUGAGUCUGCUUACCGUCGUGCUGCGAAACGUUGCGUGCGGCUACAAAUCUCGCGUUCCGGAAUACCCGUACAUGGACAAAAAGAAGCAAAUGCCGUGCAUCGUGUCCACACUCACCAAAGCUCUCUACUUCCGUUAGAUGCGUUCUUUGAGCACGCAAAUUGCUAUAUUUUGUACUAACUUUUCGAGCAGUUUCUUCCCAUGACCGGAAAUCUAGUUUUGUUAACGGUGGUGGUGACUCUUAC